CCUCCGCACCGUACGGUACCGCGAAACGUUAUCUCGACGCGCACCGCCGCGAGUCCAUGUGAACGACCGACGGUUCUCUCGUUGUGUACAGUGAACGAAGGAUCGGCAAGCUGUACGCGCCGCAGGAAGACGACAUGUUGACGAUGGAGACGGAUUUGAAAGGCGGCAGCCUGCACGCUACCGUGCCGCCGCACCACGCGCUCCAGCACGGCUACGGCUCGCUGGGCGCGCUAGGUGGCAUGAUGGCUCUGCCGCAGCAACAGCCGCUGGGACAACACCAACCGCUGCAGCAUCAGCACCACCAACCUCUACCGCAGCACCACGCGCAGCCCCAACAACAACACCAUCAACCGCCCAACAACAACAAUAACAAUACCAGCAAAAACUCAAAUGCAGACCGUGUUAAACGUCCUAUGAAUGCUUUUAUGGUGUGGUCACGGGGGCAACGCAGGAAGAUGGCAUCAGAUAACCCCAAAAUGCAUAAUUCAGAAAUCUCCAAACGAUUGGGUGCACAGUGGAAAGAUUUAUCAGAAUCUGAAAAGCGACCGUUCAUCGACGAGGCGAAGAGACUUCGAGCCGUUCACAUGAAAGAGCAUCCGGAUUAUAAAUACAGACCAAGGAGGAAGACGAAGACGCUUGCUAAAAAGCAAGAAAAAUAUCCACUAGGUGGUGGAGCAUUAUUAGGUGCAGGCGAGGGACAAAGAACAUCAGCGCCGACGGCCCAGCAGCCGCGUGAUGUGUACCAAAUGACACCUAAUGGUUAUAUGCCUAAUGGAUACAUGAUGCACGACCCGAGCGCAUACCAACAGCAAGCGUAUGGUUAUCCACGUUACGACGUAUCACAAAUGCAGCAAGGUGGAUACGGUGGUGGAUACUACGGUGGCGGUCAGGGCUCGCCUUAUCUCCCACAGCCACCAUCGCCGUCCGCGUACGGCCUAGGACCUGGCUCGCCGGGUGGUUACGCGCUGCCACCGUCAUGCGCAUCGCAUUCACCAAGCGGUUCAUCCGCGAAAUCGGAGCCUGUGUCUCCUGGACCUCCGGGAUUAAAACGCGAGUUUGUUACACACGAGCCCCAGGCGCAGUUGAAACGGGAAUUUGCACCGCAUGCGCACGCUCACGAGCAGCUGUCGAUGAAGCGCGAGUACGGUCAGCAGGACCUGAGCCACAUCAUCAACAUGUACCAUGUGCCAGAUGAACAGCGGUACGCGGCCGCCGGUGAGCGCGCGAUGCCGCUCAUCUGAGAAUCGCCUUUCGCGUGCGACAUCGACAUCCCGCCGCUAUGAGCUGGUCGAGUCGCCGCGCACCUCGACGCCACCAGUGACUUUGUUGCGAAUUGGUUGCCGCGUUAGGACAGUGAUCGUUAUUCCCCGGCUGUACAUACUUCUAGGUAUGUCCAUUUAUUUGUUUUGUAUAGUGUGCGGGCCCCGGCCCUCGCCGCUGUUAGUGUUGCGAACUGUUGACUUCACGAGUUACUGGCCCGUCGCCGACGGCCAAAAGUUCAAUUAAUGUUGUUGAUGAAUUGUAUUAUAUUAUGAUUAAUGUAUUUUUUCAUGAUUUAAGUUAAAAUAUUUUAAGUUGUCGUGUGGAUGGACGCGAGAAUAUUGACUGAGGGUAGCGCGAGAGAUGACGUAGUGACAGCGGUAAUUUGAAUACCAAAAAAAUUUGAACAAUUUGUAAAUAUAGUGUUAAAUGCUAGAGUUGGUUUUAGUCGAUAAAAUGUAGUUAGAUAGAGAUAAGUCGUGCCACGACGCCACACUCGCACCCCCGUGCGUUGUACAAAAUAUUUGUUAUAUGGAAACGAAAGUUAUAAAGCCUCGAAAGACUAAUAUUGUAAUACGAAAAUGUACAGUGAGUGUUAUAUAGUCAGUGGACACAAAGUAUAUUGAAGAAAAAGAUGAAGUUAUCAAUAAAC